AACCAAAGCGUUUAUUCACCCAUACCUGUCUCCAUGACAACAACACCAUGUCGCCAGUACGUCACUAGUGUUUUUUUUUAUUGUCAACGUGACAUGCUGCUAAAAGGAGUCUUGCAUUGGAAGCUGCAGUAAAACGAACAAGAUGGACCGCAAUGUGAAGCGCCGGCAGGUGAGGCCACUUGCUGCAUCUCUACUAGAGGCCUUGGAUUAUGACAGUUCAGAUGACAGUGACUUUGAAGUGGGGGAUGCCUCAGAUGGCACAGGCAAUGGCAGCGAUGAAGAAGGAUCUAAAGUGAGUGCUGUUGGUUCAGAAAGUGGGUCAGACAAGGCUGGUUCUGCAGACAAUGGUAUAGAUGAGGAGGAGGCUAAAGAUGUGGUUGUUGAGGACAUCUUAAUAGAAGAUGAAGAGAAGUGUAAACAGCAGCCUUCCUCGGACAGCGCUACCAAAGACACCUCUGCCAUGUCCCUAUCCAGAGGACGACGCAAAAGUAAGAAGUUGUCAGAGACUAAUACUACUACAGCUGCUGAUCCCGGGUCUGCUUUGACAACUGGCUCUGGCAGUGUGAACAUAGAAGAGUCUCAGGCUGAACCCAAGAAGUGGAAUUUUCGCCGUAACCGCCCACUUCUGGACUUUACCACGAUGGAGGAGCUAAACGAGAUGGACGACUAUGACAGUGAAGAUGACAAUGACUGGAGACCCACAGCUGGGAAAAAGAAAGGCAAAGCAACCACUCAUAAAGGUGCCAAUGAGGAAAAGGAUGAUGGCAGCGCUACUGAUGAUCAUGAUGAUGAUGAUAAUGAUGAUGAUGAUGAAGACGAAGAUGGUGAUGAUGAUGAUGAGGAUGAUGAUAAUGAUGAUGACAAGGAAGAUUGUGACGACAACAAUAACAGCAGCAGUGACAGUGAUAAAGAGGUGACAAAGCCCAAAAAAAAGGUCAAGAGUGCUAGCACUUUUGAUGAAGAACUUACUAAUGACAGUAUUUCCCAGGGAAAAAGCAAUGAGGAUGCCUUGCUGGACCGGUCCCAGCCCUGGAGUACUCAGCACAUCCUCAUCUGCUGUGUCUGUCUGGGAGACAACAGCGAAGAUGCAGACGAGAUCAUUCAGUGUGACAACUGUGGGGUGACUGUGCAUGAAGGGUGCUAUGGUGUGGACGGUGAAAGUGAUUCAAUCAUGAGCUCAGCAUCUGAGAAUUCAACAGAACCUUGGUUCUGUGAUGCCUGUAAGAAUGGAGUGACACCCAGCUGUGAGCUCUGCCCUAACCAGGAUGGCAUUUUUAAGGAGACAGAUGCUGGGAGAUGGGUGCAUGUGGUUUGCGCACUCUACGUUCCUGGAGUAGCAUUUGGAGACAUCGAUAAACUUCGACCAGUGACGCUCACAGAGAUGAAUUAUUCUAAAUAUGGGGCAAAGGAUUGCAGUUUCUGUGAAGAUGCCCGGUUUGCCAGAACUGGUGUAUGCAUUAGCUGUGAUGCAGGAAUGUGCCGCUCCUACUUCCAUGUUACUUGUGCACAGAGGGAGGGCCUUCUUUCUGAGGCUGCUGCAGAGGAGGAUAUUGCAGAUCCAUUUUUUGCCUACUGCAAACAACAUGCAGACCGCUUUGACAGGAAGUGGAAAAGGAAAAAUUAUCUGGCUUUACAGUCUUACUGCAAGGUGUCUCUACAAGAGAGAGAGAAACAGCUUACGCCUGAAGCACAGGCUCGAAUCACAACACGCUUGCAGCAGUACCGAGCGAAAGCAGAGCUCUCCAGGAACACUCGGCCACAGGCAUGGGUGCCCCGGGAAAAGCUGCCCAGGCCUCUGACCUCUAGCGCUUCAGCUAUUCGGAAGCUGAUGAGAAAGGCAGAGCUGAUGGGCAUCAGCACGGACAUUUUCCCUGUGGAUACAUCUGAUGCCAGUGCCAGCAUGGAUGGACGCAGGAAACACAAGCAGCCUGCCCUUACAGCAGACUUUGUAAAUUACUACUUGGAGAGAAACAUGCGAAUGAUCCAGAUCCAGGACAAUAUUUCUGAACAGAAGAAUUUAAAAGACAAGCUGGAAAGUGAGCAAGAAAAACUUCAUGUGGAGUAUAACAAGCUUUGCGAGUCUUUGGAGGAGCUGCUAAAUGUGAAUGGCGAGUUGCGGAGUGAAGGCCAGGCCAUAUGGAAUUUGCUAGGGAGCAUCCUAGGCCAGAAACUAAGCACUCCAGCUGUUCUGAAAGCCCCAAAAGAGAGGAAGCCCAACAAGAAAGAGGGAGGAACCCCAGGAAAGUCUUCCAGCCUACCUGCAAUCCUCUACAGUUGUGGAAUUUGUAAAAAAAAACAGGACCAACAUCUACUAGUGUUGUGUGACACCUGCAAGCUUUACUACCACCUGGGUUGCCUGGAGCCUCCACUAACACGUAUGCCCAAGAAGACCAAGAACAGCUAUUGGCAAUGCUCUGAGUGUGACCAGGCCAGUAGCGAUGAAGCUGAUAUUGCCAUGGAGACGCUACCUGAUGGCACCAAGAGAUCCAGGAGACAGAUUAAAGGACCAAUCAAAUUCAUUCCACAGGAGAUGUCUCCAGAACCCAAGAAACAUCAAGUGAGAGGCACGAGAACCAGAGGGCAGAAAAGGAAGAGAGUUCCCAUCUGUGAAGACAGGGACGAUAAAAUUGAGGAACCACUGCUACGUGAACGCCGACAACGACCGUCUGCAAUGCAGAAAAAAAACAAAGCUGAUGACACAAGGACAGAGUGCACAUCCUGCAAGGGACCAGGCGACAACGAAAACCUAGUGAGGUGUGACCAGUGUCUGCUCUGCUAUCACUUUGGAUGUCUGGACCCACCACUUAAGAAAUCCCCCAAGCAGACGGGAUAUGGCUGGAUCUGCCAAGAGUGUGACACAUCCUCGUCCAAGGAGGAGGAGGAGCACUGGGAGGAAGAUGACUGUGUUAAGGAGGAAACAGCAGAGCAGUAGGUUCCAAACUGAACCUGCCAAAGGACAAAAACACACCUCUGCCCUGUGGCUUCAUCUUUCCCUUCACCCUUUUUAGCACAGUUACCUACCAAACUCUUUCAACCACCAGGCAUCUUUUUGAAAAAACUAUUGAAAUGUUGCUAUCUUUAGAUUUAAAGGUAGGCUUUGUACUUUUUACGGCUGUGACAAACACAGACAGACACAUGCUCUCCACCACCUUUGGUUCAGUCUACUCACUUUUUGAGUACUACUUAUUCUUGUUUACCUGCAUUUAUGUGGAGCAUUGACUUUUGUCCUAAUAUUAAAAAAUGUUUUAUUUUAAGUAACUUUAAUACAUACCAAUAUAUUUUCUCUUUGCAUUUAUAAUAAAAUCAUUCAUGUUUAUAAAUGUGUCUUCUCUGAAAUGGCAUGUACACACUUAGUGAAGCAGAAGCAGGUUUGGGCUUGAUUGGUUUCGUUUUUUUACCUUUUUGUAAUGAUAAAUAAAUAGCUUGACUUCCAAUUUGAAGAUUUUAUUUUAAGGGGUUUCUUUGAUUUUGGUAAUUUGUUAUGUUAUUAGUUAAUUUCUCAUACUUGUGGUAGCAGUCCAAAGUGAAAAGCAUUUUCACUGCAGUACAGUUGAGUCGCCACUGCAUAACAGUGCGUUGCUUUUUAAUCCUGCAGCCGGCAGAAAAAAAAAAGGACGCUAGUUCAUUUUAACCACCAGGUGGCAAAACAUUGUUUAGAGGCCUCCAAUGCACUACAGCGUAACUCAGGUCCGGCUCUUUGUUUCUAUCUGAUUUAAUACAUAUAUUAGCCCAAACCUAUUUUACUAUGAACUAUCUGUUGUGUGCUCAAACGUGGGGAGUAUGAAGUGCAACAACUCACUCUCAAAUAAACAUUGUCGCAUUCAAAUUGAGACAUUAUCCAUGACUAGUCAUUCUGUGGGGGCAUUCUUAUGUUCUCCAAUAGUCCAGUGGUUAAGCUGGGUGACUACUGUCUUGACUGGGUUGGCAUGAGUUUGAUCCCUUGUCAUUGUUCUUACUAUGUAAUUUUUUCUUAGUCUAGGGGAACUUUCCCCCCACGGUUACGUAUUCAUAUGUAAACACUUACUGCACACCUACUCUGCAGCAGCAAACUGACAGUUGAAAGCUUUAGAGAUGCCAACAUGAUUCCUUGCCGCAGCAGAAAAACCUCAGUUGGAUUCUUCUCAGUCAAACAGUCCUGUAACACAGACUACAGACACAGACAGUCUCCGGCAGACUCAUACCUCCACCUGAGAAGAACAGUUCAACUAACAGGAAGUCUGGUGAGAACAUGCAGUGUUUUUCCACUUUCCACUAGUGUAGCCUAUUAGUUAGCUAACCAAAGUUAGCAUUAAGGUAACCACUUCGGGUUUGGGAAAAUUGUAUUCAACUGAAUAUGACCUGUUAGUCACAUGUUAGCAAACAUGUUUUUGCUUCAUAGGACAUUGGUCAGUGGUAAAAAAACAAACGCUGUUUAACUGAAUAUGACCGGUCAGUCACAUGUUAACUAACUUAGCAACAUGUCUUUGCUUCAUAGGAUGUUUGUUAGAGGAAAACGUUUUAACUACAUGUAGCCAUGUAAGCUAAUUGACCAACAAUAUCACUGGAAGAAGACUUCCAGUCAUCUUGAGGGAUGAUCGUUUCACAGUCUUGAAGACCUACUAAUUACAGUAUAGUAGUUGAAUCAAAUGGAAUCAUCUUGGAGGGGAGUGUGGUGAUAGAUGAACUGACCAAUCUGCCUCAGAUUUUCUAUCUUUGGACUGGUCAACGUGCUCCACCUGGACUAUCGUAAAUACAUAAACACUUUUAACUUUGUUCAGCAGCUGCUGUAAAGCUCAAUAUGGGUAGAAGUGAGUGUGCUCCUUAAAUUCAAAAACACCAACCCAUCAAAAACAAAAAACAAAUCAACCCAUGGCUAGUUCAGAUAUUUCAUUUCUUAGUUUGUGAUGUUACUUUGUUUGGUACUAUAUACAUAGUAUAUUGUAUAGCAUAGUUACAGUAUGUCUGGUUGGGAGUUGCAUUACAUUGGGGCCUUCCUGUUAUUGAAACAGUAUGGUAAAUACUAAUUUUGAAUUUUAAUGUUUUUAUGUGUUUUGAGUUUCUCUAUGAUUUCGGUGGUCAGGUUUAUUAAAUUCAAUUUAAAUAAAUGCUUUGACCUAGCUUAAGAUAAUAAGUGAACUCACUGAAUUAAUAUACAUGUUUUGUUGUAAAUUCCCAUUGUUAUUAUUAUUAUUGGUAUACCGCAGUCUUACGCUUUUAAUUCAGGGACAGCUAAGGGGUCCUACGGUUGCCAUUAGUGAUGGGAAGUCCGACUCUUUUCACAGAUUCGGCUCUUUUUGUCAGGUUUGGGGUUUAUUCCCGGUUUUAUUUUGGUAUUUCCGUUUUUUACCUUGUCCAUGUUUGCUGCCAGUUUUCACUUCAGGUCCACAUCACUCCACCUGUCUGUCAUUAGCAAUCACGCCAGUAUUUAACCACCAGUACUUACCUGAAUCCUCUGCCAGAUUGUUGUGAUUCUUUCAGCAUUCCAGCAUUCGUAUUGACUGUAUUGUCUGUACCGUGAGUCUGAGUCUGCUCGUUGCUGAUUCCAGCUUCUUAACCUGACGCCGAGAUUGCCUUGCCCUUGUCUGUCCUGUCACCAAGCCUGCAUGUUGCUGACCCUUAUCUGUCCACUGAUGCCAAACUGCCUGAUCCUCUGGUACUGUAUUCCGAUUUCUCUGUUAUCGACCCUUGCCUGUCUGACCACCGUCAUAAGUCUGUCCCUUGUCUGAAGAUUGUGCCAGCGGCCCCAGUCCGCUAUUCUGUAAUCUGUGAAAUAAAUACUGUUUUACUGGAA